UCUUUUUCCCCCUCCCAACCACCGGUGCCUCUUCUCAUUCUUCUUUUUUUCUCCCUCUUUACAUUUUCCCUUCUUAUUUUUCCUCGAUUUUGUUCAUUCUUUCUCGGUUUUGCCGUGCACAACCGCAUUCUUCCUCUGUUAUUGAUGGCUUCGCCGCCCAUUUUGUUCACCCAAUGUUAUUCUCACCAACCAAAAUUUGUUUUCUGUUUUUUAGAAAACAAUUUGGUGCAUUUGUUCCCAAACCAUGAUUGUUUUUCUUUGAUUUUUCAGCUUCUGCUGUUUCAAAUUCAAAUUGUUAUGUCACUCCAUCUCUUCUAUAAAAGGGUUUGAUUUCUCAAACUCAGACCCAGAAACCCUAUUCGAAAAAUUCUUCCUAAUCCCUUUUCAAGCUUUUUCGCCAUGUCUCUUAGGGUUGAUGAUGUUUCCAGCAUUGAUGUUUCGAAAGAAACGUGGUCUAUCGUGGUGAAGGUCAUUCGUCUUUGGUUAACUCCAAGCUAUUCUGGAUCUAAACUGUCGUCGUCUUUAGAGAUGGUUUUCAUGGAUCCAAAGGGUGCUAAAAUUCAUGCUUCCAUAAGGCGAACCUUGGUCUAUAGAUUCCAAAAUUUGCUAACUGAGGGCCGGGUCUAUCAGAUAUCAUUUUUUGGUGUUUGUGAGAACGGAGGUGAUUUCAGGACGACCCCCCACCCCUACAAGGUCAAUUUCCAGAUGCAUACAACCGUGAGGAUUCUGACAACCACCAACAUCACUGGAAACCCAUUCUCUUUCAUGCCUUUAUGUGAUGUUGUUUUCAAAGAACCAGACACGUCCUACCUUAUAGAUGUGAUAGGUAUCUUGACAGGGUCGUCCGGGGAGCAGGAGUUCGAAAAACAUGGAAGAGUGCAAAAGAGGAUUACAUUAGAACUUGAUCAGGAAGGGGUUCGAAUUGAAACUGCUUUUUUUGGAAAAUAUGUGGAUGAAAUAGUUGGUCAGUUGGCUUCUGGUGAUAUGACUAAUGCAGUUGUUGUAAUUCAAUUUGCCAAGAUCAAACCUUUCAAAGGGAAGGCUAGCAUUCAGAAUGUUUAUGGCGCUACAAGGAUUUUGUUUAACCCUGCAGUUGAGGAGGCUGCUCCUCUUCGAGCAAGGUUUUUUGAGACCAAUGAUCCUGCUUCUCAAGUCCUGAGCCAGCUUCAAGAUUCUGGAAAGUUGUCACCUGCAGAGGAUUUUCUACGUCAAAAUGAGGGGAGAACAAUUGAACAAAUUAAAGAUUCGGUUGAGAAAUCAGUUUGUGUGGUUCUUGCCACUGUUAAGUUCAUCCCCGAUGAUAACAGUUGGUAUUAUCCUGCUUGCAAGUGUAACAAAAAGGUUUACCCCGCAGAAGACAUGUACUUCUGUGAGUCUUGCGUUCGUCAUGUUGUUACAGCCAUUCCAAAGUACAAAAUUCGCCUCAGAGUUAUGGAUGCAAAGGAUUCUACUACUUUUGUGCUCUUUGAUCAAGAAGCUUAUAAUCUGAUGAACAAACCAUGUUCUGAGUUGGUUGAAAAAUCUCAUAAGGACCCAAAUGAUCCCCAAGUUCCAUUGGAAAUUUUGAGUUUGAUUGACAAAACUUUUUUAUUCAAGAUUGAGGUAGACAAUAGUUCCAACACUUGGUUUGAGCCAUCAUAUAGAGUGAAAAGAAUAUGUGCAGAUCCUGAUGUGAUUUCCCAGUUUAAGAUUUUAAACCCCCAGAUAGAUGGUUCCCCUCUCUAUUUAAUGUCAACUCCUAGCUCGAGCACUAUGCCAGAAGGAUCUUCUUCAAGUUUUUCAAAGAAUCUUAGUGAAGAGUUUAACGGGGCUGGUGAUCCUAAUGUUGGGAAUUCAUUGAAUUCUCCUGUCGUUGAUUUAAGUAAGGACACUCAAGAAGGUUCAAUUGUUUUGGCUUCUGUUGCUGAAUUGAAGAUGCAGUUCUCAUCCAAUCGAAAAUCUCAUGUUUGGAAGCCAGAAAUUAAAUACAAAGACAAGGUUCUCAAUGGGGCUAACGUAUCAAAAUCUGUUGGAGCUGGAAGUUUUGACACUAAGUUGCCAUCUGUUGUUAAGGAAGAACCUGCACCUGUUUCUGUCAAAGUUGAACCUGUAUCCUCCGUUGCUCAGGAAACUACUCCCCAAGAUGUUAGGAAGGUUAAGGAAGACCAAGUUGAACAAACUAUUGAAGCUGUAGUUACUAACAAUGAAUCUGUCCAAGUUGAUAUUGUAUCCUCUAUUUCCAAGAACGCUGAACUGACUGAUGUUAGUGAGGUUGAUGUGAAUCUUAAGCAAAAAACAGGGGCUGGAAUGAAGGUUAAUUCUGUGGCAAACCUGAAAGAAACUUCUCCUCCGGAUGAGAAUAAUGUGGUGAAGGUUUGUGAUGUUGUUGACAAGAUUGAAGCUGCACUUCCUGACAAUGUAUUAUCUAAAGUCCCCCUUCAGGCUGGAAACAAUGAUUCUCCUCCAUCCAAGCGUCCUGUCCCUGUUGAUGUUGAUGCCCUUGCAAAUGGAGUUGGAACCAAGAAGUCGUUGAAGAUUGUUAAGCAGGAGAAGAUGUGAAAGAUCACGAUGUUUUUUGGAGUUGUUUUUUGUUUUUUGGUGUUUUAUUGGGGUCUUUGACCCAUGAAUUUCCCUUUUAAGAACCUUAGUUAUUUUGUUUCUUUUGUUGAAUUAUGUCUCAAGUUGCUCAUUGUGCUGAGCUUGAUGGUUGUAAUGACAUUGCUAUGAUAUUUGCUUUCAUCAUUUUGGAUCAUAGCUAUAUUUAAUUUUCAUGUUCUCAACGGUGAUGUG